AUCCUCUCUGCCUGCCCUCCCCUCCCCGUGCGGAUCGCCGUAUUGGUCGCUGGGAUGGAGCGACUGCGCUCCAGCGUGCCGUUAGCGCACGAUCAUGCCUGCGGCCGGUCCGUGUAUGGGAUGCUGUGCAAGUCCGCGGCUUGCGAGAGGGACAGGUGUUGGGGUGCCGUGUUUAAAGAAACGCUUCAAAAACAGGGGGAAUUAGUGGGUUAGUGAGCGGACGGCAACACUGUAGCGGCUGUAGCGCUCUGCAUCUGCAGGCGCGGAGGGUUUCCCCCCCUCCCGCUGUAAUAUUUAUGACAAAACGGAGGCGAAAUAUUCCGGUCACGUUUUUGGCUGACAGCCGGCUGUCCUGGAGAGCGCUGGAGUGGAUCGAGGGUCCAGUGCUGGAGAAGGCGCAGCGCACCGACACCUGCAGUACGAUGUAAAGGGAAUUCCCACGAACAAAACUGCUACAGCCUCAGAUCUGGUUAUUAUCUCCAACACUGCCUCAUCUGAGCCAGAGCGAAAGGAAACACAGACCAUGGUCAGGUUUGGCGGCUGCUGUUGCUAUGCAUGAAGGACCGCUGUGGUGUCAAUGGAGACCGAAGGCUAUCGUGACCUCCUGGAGACCAGCGAUGGUCAGGGGGUAGGCCUGCUGGACGGAGGGGGAGAGGUGGGUGUGGAGGAAGGCUGGAACACACCCUAUCCCGUCGGUUUCCAGGUGUCGUUGACCACUGUCCUCGUACUGGAACUCGUGUUGGGCUUCAGCAGCAACUUGACAGUACUUGUCCUCUACUGUGCUCAGUCCAACCUGGUGGAUUCAGUCAGCAACCUCGUGACAGUCAACCUCCAUGUGCUGGACAUUCUGGUCUGCGUGCUCUGCUUGCCGUUGACUGUCGCUGUGAUCCUGGUACCGGCAAAUGAAAGUGGACUCAGCAGCCUGGCCACACUUUGCUGCUUCCAUGAAGCUUGUGUCACAUUUACAAGUGUUGCUACAGCAGUCAACGUAUUGGUGAUCAGUUUGGACAGAUACGACAUCUCAGUGCGUCCAGCCAGUCGCCUGCUGACGCCUAGGCGUGCUGCGUUACUCCUGACAGCAGUGUGGGCCGUCUCUCUGGCUGUUUUCUUCCUACCCUUCCUUGAAGGGGACUUCUUCUCUUCAUCGGCUGAGGAUGCUGAGGACGAGGAGCUCGAAAGGCAGAGCAAUGACUCGGAACUCAACACUGGGCAUACUCCCAUUUUUUCUUCCAUCCCUCCUUCUUUAUUACCCUCCACUCCGCCCUCCUCUCCUCCGCACCACCUGCCACCAGUAUGGCAAAACAGGACACUGCUGUGUGUUGGAGGGCAAGGGUAUUACACGGGUAUGGCAAUGUAUUAUCACUUGUUACUCCAAGUACCCUGCUUCUUCAUAGCUGUGGCAGUCAUGCUUUUCACCUACUCCAGGAUUCUGCAAGCCCUCAACAUCCGCAUUGGCUCCCACAUGAUGAGGAACACACGGUCAAAGGACUCCACCUGCAGGAUACGCUGCAGGAGGCAGAAGAAGAAGGAACUCAGCCUGCCAACAGAAACGGUGUCCUCUAACCAAAAUCAAAACCUCAGUCACCCUCCACUAAUCCCCUCUGCUACCCCUACUCCAACAUCACCUCCACCAUUGUCUUCCAUGCCUCCGGGGAUGUCAGAUAGUGGGGCCACAAUAACUACUGUGAGCACUGCUGCAACCACCCCUAUUGCGACCACCCCAGCGACCCCAGCUUCUCCAACUCCCCCUUCGGCGUCAGCUCGAACCCAUGCCACCACACCUCUGCCCGCCUCGUCCAUGGGUGUACAGGCCUCAGUUUCGGCUAUCAUCGCUUUGAGAAGGGCAGUACGCAGGCACAGGGACAGACGAGAACGUCAGCGUCGCGUCCUGAAGAUGUCCCUAAUCAUCAUAUCAACCUUCAUGGGCUGCUGGGCCCCUCUGUCUGCAGUCAACGUUCUGAUCCUUUGCAUGGGCCCCAGUGACGGCCUGGUUGAGCUGCGUCUGUGCUUUUUGGCCAUGGCUUACGGGACGACCAUCUUUCACCCUCUGCUUUAUGCUUUCACCAGGCAGAAACUGCGGCGUGCCCUCAAAACACGCGUAAAGAAAAGGGUAGUAUCGCUCCUGCAAGUAGACCCAGCUCCCAGCGGGGGGACUGUGAUUCAUAACUCUUGGGUCGAGGGAGGAGGCCAGAGAAAAGGUCGCAAGUCACGGGUGGAGGCUAGUGAUGGCACUGAUAGAUGCCUCACGGAGGCAGUCAGAGAAUGAGGCUGCUCUUCGAAGAGCAGUUGCAUGUCUGAGAGUGCUGUUUGAGUUUAACCAACUAUAUGGACCUUACUAAGCUGAUGGAGAUGGAUUGCUUGUACAUUUGUGAGUGGGCGUGAGGACAAAUGAGCAGCAUAUAGUUUACAAGGAUCAGAACAGACACUUUGUCCUCCAGUGUUCGGCAGAUGUGGAAAGAGGAGAGCCUCAAGCUUUUACGAGAGCCAUCUUUUCGCUCUCCUUACAUAAGCCCUUACAAAUCCACCACUGCCAGUAGGCAAACAUUAUAACAAACCUUGACCUGACUACUCUGAUUGCUAGUGUGAUCCCUUUAUGUAACGUAAGGGUUAAAUAUCUGCAAAGACAAACAAAUCAGUAUUGCUCCUCCGUGCACUAUUACCUGCAUGUGCAUGUACAUAUGCACAGUUUAACACACAUCACACACACACGCACUUAACGCACAUAAUAUAGUCACUAUCUGUGAAAGCACACAAGUAUCUACCUGCACACAUGUUCUCAGUGACAUUAAUACUUCUGAAAGACCUUUAUUUUUGUUUUCAUUAUUUUCAUGCCUUAAUUGAGUUAUUUGUAUAUUGUCAUGGUGCUGAAUGUCCAGCUGUAUGUUUACAACAAUGUUAUCAACACAGAAUGAAAGUAUUUGCAUCAAGUGCAAAAAGUAUAGCAAAGUACUGCGGCAGUCAGGGAUAACAUUAUGACCAGAUGAAGUUAAUUACUCUGAUUAUCUCCUCGUUGCGGUACCUGCUAAUUCUGGAAGACAUUUACGUAGUCUAUAUGAAAAGACAAAUAUCCAUUCUUGCUCACUGUCUGAGGUUAAAUCAGACAAAACUAUUUGUGUUUUUUCCUUUCUUUUUUUUUACUGCUUUUUGAAUUCAUCAGAUUUAAAUUCCUGUCCCGUCUUGAAGGAAGGGUAUUGUGAACUUUCCAGGCAUAUGGAGACAAAAUUGGAAAGCAUAAGGUUUUGAGUGAAUUUAAAGAGGACUAAAUUGCAAUUGCUAAAUGAAGGGGUUGUUGUAAGCGUUGUUGUUGUUUUCUUUAUGUAUCCAAAGUGGACCAUGACUUUUGACUCUUAGACUUUGACACCUUUGCUGCAUGUCUUCUCCCUCUGUUGAUAUCCUGUCUGAUUAUUGUCAAUAAUGACCACCAGUGAAACAAAAUCUGCAGAAGAAAAUGAUGAAGAGAAGAUAACAUUCAAAAGGGUCGCCAUGGCUGUGUGAUUCAAAUGGAUCACUAAGCUAUUGUUCGUUCUGAUACAAAAGCUGUAUAUACCAAUCAGGGUACCCGUCCUGGUCAUAAUGUUAUGUCUGGGUGUAAAUGAUUAAAAGCGUAGAAACAUAAAGUUUACAUACUCUAAUAAAAAUUACCAGGAAAAAGCAAAAGAAAGAAAUGAAGAAAAAAAAACAAUCAGAUUCUAGUUUAAUUGUAGGUUAGCAGCAGUUUUUAGAAAAAUGUGUACAAAAUAUAGUUGAAAGGCAUGUUUCUAUUUUUUUUUUUUUUCAGAUGAGUUUUAAUGGUUAUGAUGAAGGAGGGUUGUGUGAUUGCAUCAGUAUGUUUGCACAUUUGUAAACACUGGGUAAAUGAAGACAUAUCUGUGUUUUAGCCAAUGAAUAUGUGCAAUAAAACACAUGUAAAGCAAUGACCCCCCACCCCACCUAGGGUGUGAACAAAGAGAAUGCUUUGUUUUCUUUUUUCUAUACGUUAUAAAGUUGUUGGAAAAGGACAAAAGGAAGGGGGCUUUUUCGUCUUCUUUUUUCAAAGAGGAGGUUGCUGAAUAUUAAACAUAUAUAAAUAAAUAUGUGGGGCGUUUUUGUAACUAUAUGUAUAUGAAAAUUCACUGUAACACCAUUGUAACAGCAUCACUACAGUUUCAAAGAGGGAAUUUAAGGGCAAUACUUUGUGAAAUAUUUCAUUAAAACUGUCUGUGAAGCCAGUGCAGAUUAACAGCAUAAAGACGAGGAACCAAACCAAUGACCUCUAACAUGGGACGUCUCCUCAUGUUAUCUCUUAGUUGCUCUGGACGGCAGCUUUGAGGGAGCAUUUUAAAUGAUGACAAACAGAAACAGCCUCUGGACUAAGACCUGAACACGUCACACAAUAUAGUCUCUCUUUCUCCUCAGGGCUUUGUGUAUCAUUUUCAAACUCGCUUGACAAAAAAAAAAGAUAACAGCAAGCAGCCCUCAGUCAGGUGUUGUGAUAUGAGUGUUAGAGUAGGUUGCGGUUUUUGUCACCAAGAAGAUAGAGUUGAUAGAGUUCACUUGAAACUUUGUAUGAACUGAAGACUUGGAGGGCUCCUAUGGCUUUGGGCUUUAUUCUCCUUCCACCCCACCCUUUUUACACUACUUGUGAGCCAAACAGGAAGACAAUAACUCUUGUGUAUCCAUGUACAUUUUUCAGGGAUGUAAAUAUUUAAGUGUUUGUUUUCUGUUUUAGUCAGAAAUCCCUUUUCCUUUUAUCACGAUCAUCUGCCGGACAGAAAAUCAGUCGUUGUGAAAAACUCUUAAUGAGCAGGAGAGCUGUAAAGAAGAAAUAUGUACGUGUAGUUGUGUUAAUAAUGUAUGUGUGUACACUGUAAUUUACAUUUAUGACCAUGUGUAUAGAGAAAUAUUAGUAUUGUAAAAGAUUUAUAAUAUGUGCUAUUGUAUAGAAAAUAACUAAAUCUGUAUUAAAAAGGUCUAUCUCAGU